GUCCAUUAUAUUUUACUCGAGACAAUUUAUAUUAUGUCGUGUUCGUGUGAUUUGAGACAAAACGAUACGAUUCCGUGAGCCGAGAUCAGAGUACCCGGAUUUUUCUUUUUCGCGAUUUCAUUGCCUCCCAAAAUUUCCCUGCGCAAAGGGAAUUUCCCUAUCGCAUACCGACACUGGAUUCCGUUCGUCGUGCGCACGUUCCAAGUCGGCGGAAAAUACAUUAUUAUUAUGUUGUCGCGUAGAUGAUAACAUGGACGGCACAGGGACAAUGGUAUCCUCAUCGGCAUUGCUGAUAAGUGCGCGCGCGUGAACUUUGCCGUGUGGACGAGGACGACAGUCAACAGCACCGCCAGCAGAAACAUGGGUCGCCCAAUACAAAUUCAUUGACAAUAUACCACAGAUGUGACGCUCAUUUUAUGAAGGCUGUAGCCAAUUUUUUUAUUGAAUAUGUCUGCUGAUCAUUCUGAAUCAAACAGUAAGAUAACAGACAACAUCAAGUCAAUUCGAAGUAUAGAAAUCAGUUCUGCGUUCACGCAACUAUCGCAAAAAACAGAAAUGACUCGUGAAUCAAUAGUGAGCAGUUACAAUACUGAAGAUGCGUUGGGGGACAAACCUUUGGAAUUAGUUCGACCUACUAAUCACGUCCACGAACACAACACAAUACAUCAUCAAAUAUUGGAGUUAAAAAAGCAACAACAACUUCAACAACAAUAUUUAUUGGAACAAUUCCAAGCUCAACAACAACAAUUAGCGGAGCAACAUGAACAACAACUCCGGCAACAUCUUAAAACAUGUGUUAUGCAGGAUUUAUGGGAAAAAAAACGGGAACUUGAAGAAAAAGAACAGCGUGAAAAAAAAGAAGAAGAAAAAUUGGAAACCAUAAAAAAAAAAGAAAAACAUGAACAAAGUGCUAUUGCGUCAUCCGAAGUUAAACAAAUUUUACAGGGGUUUCUGUUGAGUAAAAAACAUCGAGAAGCAGCAUCAAGCAGUUCUAUACAAUCCCAACAAUCAUACCCUAGUUGGGGAAUUUUACAAUCUCAGCAGUCGGAACCAAACGUAAUGCCUAGUAGUUUAAGUCCAUCGUCUAGUGGGUCAAAUAUUACACCAUAUAGAUUUGUCGGACGGUACGAAGAAGAUUUCCCCCUAAGAAAAACAGCGUCCGAACCGAAUUUGCUCAAAAUCAGAUUGAAACAGCGCAUGUUCGACCGACGUAACAAUCCAAUCGCACGGCCCAAAGAAAGAUCCGGCAGCAGAGUGUCUAAGCUCGCAAUAGAGACGUCGCCUUCGGGUAGCACCCCCGGUUCUGGACCUAAUUCACCUCCUAUACUCAUAUCAAAUUGUCGAAACUCGCCUUCAACUGGAGCCACUACUCCAAUAAAAGAAGAAGGAGAAAUUUCAUUUGGCCAUAUGUCUAAUAAUAAAUCAGACCAAAGCAGUAGUGUUGCUGAUAUAUCUGCAUUAUAUACAAGUCCUUCGAUGCCUAAUAUAUCACUAGGUCGACCACCAUCUAAUUCGGACGGAUCAAAAUUGUCAUCUGUUUCGGAAGCUGAAGUCCGUGCCGCAUUUACUGCAAGAUUAGGUGCACCGCUCACUGGUCAAAUGUUAUCAAGUACAUUGCCAUAUUAUCCUACGCUUCCAAUACUGGAUACAUCUCAAAGUUUCAUUCAAAAACAAAUGCGAAGUCUUGAAUCCAGACAAACUACUACUACUCCAACAUUUCAUCCUGCGCCUAUUACUGACACUCAAGUGGCACAUGCUAGAUUGAAUAAAGCUGGACACAGACCACUGGGUCGUACACAAUCAGCACCACUACCUCUAGGACAUCCAAUGUUGAAUAGCACUGUACCAGGUCAACAACUUAGUGUUCAUUAUGAAGAUUAUGAAUUACCACUUCAACAACUUAACUCACACUAUUUGAAACAACAAAUUCGUAAUACAGUUUUAACUCGAGCUGGAAGUAGAGCACAUUUGGCUAAUAACAGUAGUUUAAUAAAUGAAGACCAAGAAGAUAAUGCAAAGGUGAUUGAUUUGACUGGUGGUCCAAGAACAUCAACAGAUAAUGGUUUGAAAAAUAAAAGUCAGACAUUUUUACAACAACAGCGUGACCUAAUGAUGCGACAAACCUCUCAAUCCAAUGAUAUUUCACUUUUUGCAAAUCGAAAUACACAUGUUACUCUUCCUUUAGUUAGAACAUAUUCCAGUCCUUUAGAUGCAACCAUAAGUACAGGAGGCAUUAACUCUGACACAUCAACAUCAUCAUCAUCACCAUACCUUUCAUCUACUAGCCUUAAUUCUUCUGGCACUAAACUAUCAGGAAGUCCACACCGACCUACUACUGGACUAGCAUUUGAUAGUUUGAUGUUGAAACAUGCUUGCAAAUGUGGCAACAAUGCUAUACAUCCAGAACAUAGUGGACGGCUUCAAAGUGUUUGGGCUCGACUGAUUGAAACAGGAUUAGCUAGACGGUGUUAUAGAUUAAGACCACGCAAAGCUACAAUUGAAGAAUUACAAACAUGCCACACCGAACCACACACUCUUUUAUUUGGUACAAACCUUGCGAGUCGUCAAAAAAUGGAUAGUUCUAAAUUAGCUGAAUUGCCUGUGAAAGCAUUGGUACGAUUGCCUUGUGGUGGAUUAGGUGUGGAUUCUGAUACUACAUGGAAUGAAUUGCAUACAGCUCCAGCUGCUCGAAUGGCUGUUGGCUGUGUUAUUGAUUUGGCAUUUAAAGCUGCCUUGGGUGAUGUAAAAAAUGGUUUUGCUAUUGUUCGUCCACCUGGCCAUCACGCUGAAGCUAAUCAAGCUAUGGGAUUUUGUUUUUUUAAUUCAAUUGCUGUUGCUUGUCGUCUGUUACAACAAAGGCAAGCUGUACGACGUAUACUUGUUGUUGAUUGGGAUGUUCACCACGGUAACGGUACACAACAAAUUUUCUAUAAUGAUAGAAGUGUUUUAUAUCUAUCCAUUCAUCGGCAUGAUGAAGGUAACUUCUUUCCAGGAACCGGUGCACCUGGUGAGUGUGGAGCUGGCAGUGGUCUAGGAUACAAUGUGAAUAUAGCAUGGAGUGGUGGACUCCAACCUCCACUUGGUGAUGCUGAAUAUUUAGCAGCUUUUCGAACAGUUGUUAUGCCUAUUGCUCGAGAUUAUGCUCCAGAAAUCAUAUUGGUAUCAGCAGGUUUUGACGCAGCCUCAGGUCAUCCAGCUCCAUUGGGUGGAUAUAAUGUUACCCCUGCUUGUUUUGCUUACAUGACACAACAACUAAUGCAAAUUGCAGAUGGGAAGGUAAUUUUAUCAUUAGAAGGAGGAUAUGAUCUAACAGCUAUAUGUGACAGUGCAGAAGAAUGUGUACGUGCACUGCUUGAAGAUGAAGUAACACCAAUUGUGCAGUCUGAGCUUCAUCGCACCCCUUGUCAAAAUGCUAUAAAAACAUUGCAAAAGACCAUCGCAAUUCAGUUACCCCACUGGCCUGUAUUAAAAAAACUAGCACAUACAGUAUCAUGCAGUGCUGUGGAAGCUACCCUAUGUGAAGAAAAUGAAACAGUUAGUGCCAUGGCCUCGUUAUCAAUGACCAGACACAGAAUACAAAGUUCAGAUCCUAGUGAAGAGCCGAUGGAAGAAGACUGUGAGGAUGAUAAAUAGAUAACCUAACCAUGUGUGUAAUUCAUUUUGAGCUAAUUAAUUGCUCUUUCUAUUAUACUAUAUUGUUUCAUUGCCAAAUUUCACAUUGUGUGUAUAAUCUAUCCUUUCAACAACCAAAAAAAGAAGUCUCCUAUAUUGGGACUUUGAAAGUUGUAUUGUGUAUGUUACAUUAAAAAUAGAAGUAUACGAGUUUAAUUACUAUUUAGAUCCUUGAAUAAUUGGCGCAAUUAUUUGGUUAUCUAAUGAACAAUUUUUUUUUAAUAUUUUCAUUAUCCCUUCCCCAUAUGUAUAUGUAUAUUUAUAAUAUAUUUAUUUAUUUAAAUAAAACAUUCCAAAUAAUAAUUCUUAACAUAUAAAAUUAUUCCAAAAAUUAUGUUACCUGCGUCAUAACGUAAAGUAAAAUAUUGUGUAAAAUAUAUAUAUUUUUAGUUUGUUAUUGUUUUAAAUAUCUAUAUUAAUCUUAUUUUAUUAUUUAAACACAAAUUGGUAUAUAUAUAUAUUAAGUGUUGUGAUAACUGAUAAUUGUUAAUUUUUUUUUUUUGUUUGACCGGAUUUUAAUUCUGGACACAGAUUUGAACAUAACUAAUGUUUUGCCCUUUCUAUUUAUGUAAAUAAUAAAUAUUAAUGAAUAUUGUGUUGGAGUUAUAUGUUUACUAGUCGUUUAUAAUAUAUAUUCAUAUGAUUAUAGUUAUUGUUUAUCAAUUUAUCAUCAUUAUCAUUAUUAUUUUAUUAUUAUUACUUUCGUUAUAAUUAUUUAGUCUAUUUUAUAAACAAAAUUGGCUCGAGAUGUUUCAAUGUUUAAGAUUAAAAUUUUUGUUGAUAUUACAGAAUAUUUAUGGGAAUUAAUGUUUUAGUAUUUGUUAUAUAUAUAUAUAUAUAUAAUGUUUCUGUGAACGCCUUUCUCGUGGCCUGUUGAAAAUAGUAUUAUAAUAGUUUGAGAACCUUGUUUAAAUAUUUGAUGUAUAAUUCAUAUAGAUAUGUAAGUUUAUUAUGAGGAUAAAAAUUUAAAAUUGAUGUGAUAAUAUUUUGUUUUUACUUUAAACUUAGUAUAGAUUAAAUAUACCUAAAUGGGCAACAUGUUGUAUAAGAUUACUUUCUUGUUCCUUGUAUUGUUUAUUAUUUUAAUAGUAAACAUAGUAGAGUUAGUAUUCUUCUUCUAAAAAAAAAAAUGAAAUUUGGUUGAUUUGUAUUCAUAAAUUCAUUGUAUAGCCUUCAAUGUAUAAAGCUAAUGUUGCCGAUUUAGGUUUAAUUAAUCCAUAAUAUACAUAAUUAUUAUUAUAGAGCGAGUGCAAGAUGAAAAUUAAUUUUAAAAUCACAAAAAUAUUCAUUUAAUUUAUAAUUUUUUACAUAAUGAUUAAAAGAAUAUUAUGUCAAUUAAUAAAUGCUUUAUUUUAUUAAUACUAAAUAUUGAUGUAUAUUUUAAGAAUAAUAUUCUCGUUUAGCAGAUCACCUUGCAUUUUCUACAGUUGUGUGUAGUGGUUAUGAGUUUGUUUUAUAAUUAUAUAUACAGUGCUUAUUUUAAUUGUUAACUUUUGUUGUAUUCUUUCUUUUGUUACUGUUUAAGAAAAUGGUAUUGCAUUAUGUAAAAAUUCAUAUUUGUCCAAUUGAAGUAAAUGUUUAUUUUUUUUCUAAUGUAAUAAUUAUCCUGACUUUUAUGUUUUUCAUUUGGUUAUUCUUCGUGAAAUGGAUUAUAUGGCUAUUUAGUUUAAAUUGAA